UUUGUUGCGGAUGUUUUGGGUCCAAUCGAAAAAUCAGGAAACGGGUGUAUUUAGCUAGCUGACUUAAGCCGAGUAGCUAAAUAACCAAAACGAUCAUGAAGAGAGUCACUCUGUUUGUCAACGGAACUUCUUCCAAUGGCAAGGUGGUGGCGCUGUAUGGAUCACUGACAGACCUGCUAUCCGUCGCUAGCAGUAAACUGGGAAUCCGAGCCUCCAGCGUUUAUAACGGGACAGGCGGUCUUAUAGACGACAUAACGCUCAUAAGGGAUGAUGAUGUGCUGUAUGUGUCUGAGGGAGACUCAUUUGAUGAUGUGAGUAAGACAAAGUGUGCAGACCCCCAGGAUGACCCUGGCGGUCCAGACUGGUUCCAGACUCACACUGAUUGGCUGACGCUCAAUGUUGGGGGUUGCUGCUUCACCACCACACGGAGCACGCUGGUCAGUAAACAGCCAGAGAGCAUGCUGGCCCACAUGUUCAGAGACAAAGAUGUGUGGGGUAAUAAGCAGGACUCUCAGGGUGCCUACCUAAUAGACAGGAGUCCAGGCUACUUUGAACCCAUCCUCAACUACCUGAGACACGGACAACUCAUCAUCAAUGACGGCAUCAACCCACUGGGAGUCCUGGAGGAGGCUCGGUUCUUCGGCAUUGAGCAGCUGGCUGAGCAAUUGGAGACCCUGAUCAAGAGUUCCCAGCCCGCUGAUGACCACUCCCCUCUAACCAGGAAGGAGUUUGUGCGUUUCCUGUUGGCCACACCCACCAAGUCAGAGCUGCGCUGUCAGGGUCUGAACUUCAGUGGUGCAGACCUGUCUCGUCUGGACCUGCGCUACAUCAACUUUAAGAUGGCCAACCUGAGAGCUGCCAACCUCACUCACGCCAACCUCAGUGGUGCCAACCUGGAGCGGGCAGACCUGUCCUCAGCUUGCCUCGACGGAGCUAACCUACAGGGUGUUAAGAUGCUGUGUUCUAAUGCGGAGGGAGCGUCUCUGAGAGGGUGUAACUUUGAGGACCCUGCUGGAGUCAAAGCCAACAUGGAGGGUGCCAACCUAAAGGGGGUGGACAUGGAGGGUAGUCAGAUGACAGGUAUCAACCUGCGAGUCGCCACACUGAAGAACGCCAAGCUGAAAAACUGCAACCUGAGAGGAGCUACACUGGCUGGCACAGACCUGGAGAACUGUGACCUGUCUGGAUGUGAUCUACAGGAAGCUAACCUUCGGGGCUCCAACGUGAAGGGAGCCAUCUUUGAAGAGAUGCUGACCCCACUGCACAUGUCUCAGAGUGUACGAUAACCCCACUGCACAUGUCUCAGAGUGUACGAUAACCCUACUGCACAUGUCUCAGAGUGUACGAUAACCCUACUGCACAUGUCUCGGAGUGUAUGAUAACCCUACUGCACAUGUCUCAGUGUACGAUAACCCUACUGCACAUGUCUCGGAGUGUACAAUAACCCUACUGCACAUGUCUCGGAGUGUACGAUAACCCUACUGCACAUGUCUCGGAGUGUACGAUAACCCUACUGCACAUGUCUCAGUGUACGAUAACCCUACUGCACAUGUCUCGGAGUGUACGAUAACCCUACUGCACAUGUCUCGGAGUGUACGAUAACCCUACUGCACAUGUCUCGGAGUGUACGAUAACCCUACUGCACAUAUCAGAGCGUACGGUAACCCUACUGCACAUGUCUCAGAUAUCCCUACUGCACUACUCCACUGAACCCCACACACACACACUCUUGGUCCCUAAGUCAUUCCGCCCAACCCCCUGUGUAGCUCACCACUGAUUUUGAUUUCUCAGAAGAGACUAGUUGUCCAAUACUAUAUAAACCCUUAGUAGUCACGUAGCUACCCCACGGGCCCUAGCCAGUGUGUUGGUGUCCUGGCCUUGUCUGAGGGCAGUGGUUGUUCCUCUGACAUGAGGAGCGAAUGUGAAAUGAGACCCAGGAAUGUUUUAGAUCUAGGUUCUAGUACACACGAUUGUAUAUAUGGCGUAAAAGGUUCUACGUGUUUGUAAAAUGAUACAUGUAUUUUGAAGGUAGAUUCAGCAUUGUACAAAGUACCCCACAGAUUCGGACAGACUUCCGCAACAACAAACGGUAUGAGGCGUGAGGCUAAACUUCUCCGCUGUUUUGGUCUCGCAGCUAUCACGUUGCAGCAGCGUGCACAUGAGUUUAUCUACAAUAUCUGAGGUUCAUGUCAAAAGUUAUAUGCCUGAGUCUCACUUUAAUGGGUCCACGUGUACAUUAUCCUACAUGGGCCAUCUUCUCCAUGCCUGGUGUUGGAUUUCCAUCACAUGGUGCUACACUACACAUUGUGAAAAUUGUUGGUAUUUUUGUAUCUCAUCAUGCUAUCACUGUAUAAUUACUGUUUUAUCAUGUAUUUUUACAAUAAAGGUUUUAGCCUGUUUUUAGUA